AUGGACAAGUCUCGGCUGUAUUAUUCCAAUUCGCUUUUAAGUGCUUAUCUUGAUGGCAGCAAUGAAAACGUCUCCGACAAUGAGCCGUCAGAACAGGCAGAGCAUCACGUGCCGAGAGUCCCAGAAAUCUCUGUGGUGGCUCCUCAGGAGGCAAUGUCCAACAAAGACGCCGGUGCUACAUUGAAUCCACUAAAGCUGACCCUGUCUCGUCCAGAGUCUUAUCGAUCACAAGCAUCUAGUUGCAAUUCGUUGUAUUCGUCUCUUUCCAACUUUUCCGACGAUACUGACCUUGAGAGUGUGAAGCUCAAGUUGCAGCAUUGUUCUCUUGAAAAACCCCGUGGAAACUUGCACAAGCUUCGGCAGUUUUUCAAGCGAAAUGGGAAGGUUGGCACUUCCGAGCCUGAAGAUGACAACGCUUUGUUUCUUCGCCACGUGCAUAUGUACUGGAAUACCAAAUUCUACCACUACGGCAAGAAUGAGACGCUAGAUGUGAAUUGGUCUGAGUCUUGUGAAGUGUUUCUCUUUGGCGACACGCUUCAAGCGAUCCUACCGAAUGAAGGAGACUUGCUACGUUUCAUUUCAGAGAGCGAGUAUGAGUUGGGGGAAGUCAAAUUUUCAAAUUUAAGGCGUUAUCAUGCUUCUGAGCUGGUCAUUCCGGAGGCACUUUUGCAAGACGUUCUUCCUGUGAUCAAUGAUUUCAACCACAUUCUUGAUCUCUACGCAGAGUCAAAGGCUAAUGCCCAAAAGCCUGAGCUCUACGAGAAGCUCAUUCGUGAUGCCAACCGGUCAUCAGGACUUUGCGUGCCUUUGGCUACUGCCAUGUUUGGAAACUGGCUACUUUCAUACAAAAAGAGUGAUGAGGGAACGAGCAAUUACGACAACGUGCUUAUCAUGAACUACUUUCGAAAAGCUGCUCGCUUGUCCGUAGCGCUUCGCCAUUUGGCGCCGAAGCUCGAGGUUGCCGUGCCCAAUUUUGAACCUCUGGAACAGAUUCUUCUACGGCGUUUUCUCAAUAAAGAUACCGACAGUGCACUUGCGUUGAGUCUACACAAUCUUGGCGAAUAUUAUCACCACAUCGGAGACGAAGACACGGCGGUCACGCUCUGGGAGCUCAAUUGUCACCUCACUGGGGACCAGGAGAGCGCCAACUUGGCGAUUCUUGGCCUCACUGAUGGUUUUGGCUUGGGCAAUAGACUCAAAGAACGCAACCUGAUUGGCAAGAAGUCAAAGACCAAUAAGUUUAACACCAAGCGGCGCAUCGCCCACAUAUAUCGAAUUCUCAUGAAGCGGCCCGACUACGACGAGUACGGCGUUUCGUGGGCUACAAAAGAGAAAUACGACUGA